AACAUUGGUAUCAGAGCUGUUUCCCUGCUCGGUUCACGUCAACGGCCUACGGUUGAGAUUGAGAUUGUAAUCUCAUAGAUAUGGAGGCUCAAUUGAAGACGAUGGAGAGCAGAUUCGCAGGGGUUGACGAAAGGAUCAAUGCUCAGGAUCUGAAGUUGGAUCAGAUCAUGAUGAUCCUGAAGAAACUGGAAUCAAAAGCUCGAAAGGGAAAGGAAGGUGCCUCUGCGUCAGAGGGGGAUGGAAGCCAUUCAAAUGCUAGAAACCUCAAUUUCAACCCUAAAUUGGAGUUUCCAAGGUUUGAUGGAAGCAAUACGAGGAACUGGAUCAAAAAGGCAAGUAAGUAUUUCACCUUGUGUAAAAUUCCAGAGGAACAGUGGGUGGAUAUAGCUAGCUUGUACAUGGUGGAAAGGGCUGAAAACUGGAUGUCAAGUUACUUGUCCUUUAGAAAAUUUGUAUCAUGGCAUGAGUUUAUCAUAGAUCUGAGCGCAAGGUUCAGAGAUGACAGAGGACACAAUGUUGUAGAACAGUUCAAAAAAUUGGAGCAGAAGGGGUCAUUAGAAGAUUAUAUUGAUGAAUUUGAGGACUUAAGAUUUGUACUGGUGCAAAACAACCAUUACCUGCCUGACUCAUACAUUUUGGACUGCUUUGUUGGAGGGCUGAAGGCCAGCAUUAGGCUGUAUGUUAGGGCCUUUAAGCCAAGUAGCAUAGCCCAGGCUAUUGAGUAUGCAAGAUUGAAGGAAGAAUCACUGGAGGUGGAGUAUUCCAAAUAUUCCAAGCUCAACAAACCUCCGGCCCAUAAUUCUUCCAAACCUCCCCUUCUACCCACUCCUCAAACUAAGCCAGCCAAUUUCCAACCCAAUAAAGGCUUCAGGGGCAACUUACCUACAGCAGUCCAUAUUCCAGCAUGGUUCCAAGGUCAAAAUGCUGGGAGUCAUCCUAAACCAGCAGCUAUACUUGAUAGGAGGAUACAAAAGAGGUCCAGUAAACUCUUUGCUAGUGAUAAGAAGGGGUCAACCAAAGAUUGGAAGCCUUUCUUUGUCUUCGUUUCGACGGGGCCCGAAUCUCCUUUCACGGGUUCAGGGCGCCCUUCCUUCCGUCGCAUCCCACGCCCCCCACCUGAUGCCACCCUUUUGUCUAUCACCCGCCAAUUCUGCAAUAAGGGAGUUAUGAACAUCAAAGAGGUGGUGACAGAGGAAACCCUUGCCGGGUUGGGGUUUGAGUUUGUUCAGGACGAGCUUCGCCACCAACCCGACCUACUGAGGGACAUCCCCGGGGGGCAUCAGCCUGACCAGCUGAAGGACAUUCCUGAGGAAGGUCUUGAUUGUGGUCCUUUUGUGGAAAUACAAGAUUCAGGAGAAGAGAUGGACAGCAAUCUCCUGCUCAGUCGCUUCACCGCAGGGAGGAAAAGGAAGAGAGAGACGAGGGGCCAGGGCAAACGUUCUUCAUCUCACCACGAGGAGGGUCCUUCUCGAGAGCCGGUAGUAAUUGCGGUGGAGGACCAAGAAGAUGCUACCCAGGAACCGGGUACCAUGGCUGGCCAGUCCCCUCCACACCCCGUGAUGCAGGGUGGCGACCUUGCUGGGUCGUCUCAGGGCACAGCCUUGGGGCGACCUCCAUCACCACUCGCAAUGACCUACGAGGUGGCGACCGAGGGUCGCUCGACGAGGCUCUGCAUCCCUCCCCUGCCCCAAAGCCUAGGAGACGUACAGCUGGAGACUCUUAUCACUCUGCCUGCAGAAGACCAGGCUCGUAUCUCGGCAGGCUCCGAGGAUGACCUCGACAACAUGGUCCUUUUGAGGCUCAGUCAGGCUACGCUGGGGAUGAUUGAGGUGGUCGGCCGGAGACGGGGUCGCCAGGCCGCCGCGGACGAUGUGAUGAAAGCAGCCGAGGCCAAGCAGAAGGAGCUGCAGGAGGAGGUCGCCCGACUCACCAGGGAGUUGAAGGAGAAAGAAAAUCGCUGCGCGGCGCUUACUGUGGAGAAAGCUUCCCAGGAGAACCGAUGCGUCGCCCUUGAGGCAGACAAGGCCUCCUUGUCCUUGGAGGUAGAAUCUGUUUCUGCUCGAGUGGUCGAGCUGGAAGGGGAGAAAUCUGAUCUGAUCCAGCAGCUGGAGGUGGAGAGGAACGAUCGGGUCCGCCAUGCAGAGGGAGCGGUAGAAUCCUUCAAGUCCUCUCCUGACUUCACGGUGGUCGCACUGGAGCGGAUGGAAGAACUAACGGCCGCUUGGCUCAAAACUGAACCUGGGGCCCAAUGGAUGGUCAAGGAGGGAACCAAGUCCUUCAACUGCGGACUCUUCCAUGCCCAACAGGUCUUCCACAACAGGCUGGCCCAACUCCCUAAAGGGUUCUCUCUCCCCGACCUUGGCUUCCCUCCUCCCUGCCGCUCCUUGGCCGAGUUCGACCCCAGUCCCUAUCUGGACGGGGGGAGCUCGAGUGCGUCGGAAGAGGAGGAAGAAGAAGAAAUGGAAGGUGUUUGGGCCCAACUCCUAGUCCCGGCCCGUUUACCUGCCCGGGCUCAAUCCCUGGAUUGGCCAUCAUGCCGCCCAAUUGAUCCAAUGCCCUUCGCCGUUUCUGAUUGGAACUUCGCGCGGCUCAAGGCUGCUUUAUCGAUCUUUCCGACGGGCCGGCUCCUUCUUCGCCGGAGCCUGCCUCUUCCCCCAAGUCAGUCAAUUCCAAUGACUGGGGGGCUUGACCCUUACGAAUUCUGUCGCCGGUUGCCUCGCCGGCAGUGGCCGUCGGUGAAACCGCCGCCACCACCUCCAAACCCUUAUGAGGACUUUAGUGAGGCGUACGAGGCCCUCUCCGCCAACCGCCUGCCUGACGGGCGGAUUGACUGGGAUGCUCCAUGCCCCCUCCAUUCCCUGCAAUGUAUGGCCUGGGAAAGCUUUCAAGAUGAGCAAUUACCCCUCCUGGAGCAUGAGUGCGCAUACUACGCAAGUCUUGAACGAUGGACUAGCGAAAGUCGCACCAAUUCGCCGGUGAGGCCUACGGAGGAGGUUGUGUUAGGGGAAGAACUGGGUUCUUCCCUACCUCGCCCCGCUUGCCACUCACUUCCCCAGAAGACCCCUAGGCGACCUGAAGUAGCUCGGGCGGCUUCAGGAUCUCUGUCCUCGCCUAGGUGAUGCUGGUUGGGGUUCACAGAGAAGUGAGCCGUCCCCCGCCCUUUCUCGGUAGGAGAAGGGCGGUGGGUUUUUGCCGAGGCUGGGGGCGACCACUCCUGUUCCAUGUUGGGGAAGAAAGGUGGUCGUCCUGGACGGCUGGUGAUCGGAGUUUCGCUUGCCUAUACAGCCGCAGAACUACCUUUCAGACCUGCCUGUCCCCCCUAGACCUUCGCUCGCAAAGUAUUAGAUUGUUGUUUUUCAUUGUAGGAGAUGUAUGGGGAAGUAUCCUUCCUAACGUAGAGAUUGUUCUCAACUGUACUGUAGUAGAUGCAAGAGAUUAUCCUUGAAACGUAAUGAACAUUUCUGUGACUG